AUGCCGGAACUAGCGGGCUACAAAGACAAGGGCAAGGAAAUCUUCAAGAAAGGAUGGCAUCCGGAGAAAGAGGGAACGACUUUAAAAGGCCAAGUGAGAGAACGUUAUGCGGACCAUCAGUCAACACCAAUUUCCUCUCUACGCGACCCAGCCUCUUUCCCUCCUCCGCCCAAGCGCAGGAUCGGCGACCUCACACCGCCGCCCCCGCCCUCCCGGCCUACCUCCACGAAUCCGGCCGAGUCACAACAAUACGGACAGCAACAGCAAUAUGGACACCACCAACAACAACAUGAAGGAGUUGAGGAAGAUGGGCCGCCGCCACCCCCGAGAACAUACCGAGUAGACACCACCGGUCUAUCGACAGCACACUUACCGCCCCCUCCGGUCCGCAGAGACGGAGCCGAUGGCCGACCUCCACCACCACCUCGCCCUUCAACCAUUAGCGCAGGUGGCCUACCUUCUACCGGAGGACCACCGAGCCUGCCACCCAGACUACCUCCUCGCUCAUCCACAGCUUCUCCGGCCUCACCACAGGCAGGUGAUGGUUACCUAAACCAAGGCGCCGUAAACCGCCUCGGCGCAGCGGGCGUCAACGUCCCCGGGUUUGGCAUCGGCAGCGAAAAGAGUGCCGCAGCAACUACUUCGAACCAAACUCCUCUACUGCCGCCACCCUCUUACACCCCGAUCAAUCGUCCCGCUCGAUCAACCACCACCGGCUCUACCUCUGGUACCGCGGGCAGCGGUAGUUUCACAGACCAAGCCAAAUCCCAACUCUCCAAUCUCCAAAACCGCUUCUCCAAACUUACCACGGGCGCCUCUUCCUCCACCACCCCAGGAGCAACUUCCCAACCCUACUCCCAACCCUACCACUCCCUCCCUCCCGGCUCUUCCACCACCACCACCUCCACCCCAACCUCAACCUCCACAACCCCCACACCCCCUUCGAAUCGGCCCAUCCUCCCCCCUCCACCACCCGCCUCUCGCGUAUCCCCUGCCUCAACAGGCCAUCAAGAAGGUACCACCACUGCUCCUGAAGGAGGAGGAACAACCUGGGCGCAAAAGCAACACGCGCUCAAAACCGCUUCAGCCUUCCACAAGGAUCCUCGCUCUGUUUCCUAUUCCGAUGCCAAAUCCGCCGGUGGGACGAUAAAUAACUUUCGCCAGAGACACGGGGAUCAGAUAGCGGCGGGGAUGAAGACGGCCCAGAGCCUUGGGGGGAAGGCGGCGGGGGCAGUGGGGAAUUUAAGGGAUCGAUUUGGUGGUGGUGGUGGUGGCGGUGGUUCAACAGGAGGUAGUUAUGGCGGUAGUGCCGGAACAUCACAGCCGCCGCCGCCACCACCACCGCCAGUUGGGACCAGAACAAGAGCCGAGAGUGCUGUUUCAUAUGGUCAUGGGCAUGGAUACAGUGACUCGGUGGGAUCUGCCACGCCGGGAAGUCCAUCCGCGGCAGCGGCAACGGCUGCAGCAGCCAAGAAGAAACCACCUCCGCCUCCGCCGCCCAAGAAGAAACCUGCUUUGACGGCGCCGCCGUCUGUAUCUGCUCCGCCGGGACAAGGGGAGCAGGAUGCCCCGCCACCACCACCCGUGCCGCUUGCUACGAGGCCUGCCUUUUGA